AUGCUCUUCACAGGGGAACGGCCACAGCUCCUGCACACCCGGGUCAUUACCGGUCCCGCAGGGCGUAGAAAGACUAUGGUAUGCCAAUACUUGCAGAACGAGCUAGAAGUACCAUUCCUAGAAGGAGACGAUAUACCACUACAGUACCACUCCAAAUCUAACGAAGACAAAACGGGCAACGGAGCCCCUCUCACUGAUGAAGGUCGCUGGGACUGGCUUGUUGCGCUACGCAAAGCCGCCAUUGACGCUCUGUCCCCCGCCGAGUCCGACGACCUCCAUCCUCCCUUCGCCAGGGUUGUUUCCUCCUCCGCCCGGAAAGAAGAGUACGGUGAUGUUAUGCGCAUUGCUGUCUACGGCUCGCCCUACAUCAAGCUCCACUUUAUCUAUCUCAAGCUAAACGAAGAGAUGCUCAUGCGGCGUGUCACCCAGCGCGAGGCCCACUACAUGGAAAGCAACAUGGUCCGCUUCCAGCUGCAGGCAUUCGAGGAGCCACAAAGCGAGUGGGGUAUCAUUACUAUGAAUGUCGAGGGUUCCCAGGAGCAGGUGUGCCGUCGCGUGCUGUAUUCUGUUUGCUCCAAUCUCAAGGACGGGCCGCGAUCAGGGCAGGGUUUAUUUGGUUGAAUACACCCUGGUGUAAUCUUGCAUAUAAUUAACGAAGUCUCUUGAGAUUUGGCUAGUUAUUAACAUUGAGGGCUCAGCCCCCAACAACUAGCAUUUGCAUGUGGUAUGAUUUUGCGUCCUUUUUCGGCACAUCCUGUGAUAACCCCAUUCUUCGGUGCGAAUGAGCAUAGCAGCCAAUGAGAAACAAAGCUUGAUAAAUCUUGGCACACGUCUGAGGAUGUCACAUAGUAUGUCGUUCAAUAAAAAUUAAAGCAAAGCUUCAACAAGGAUGGUACUUCCACACAUGUUAGUAAACACUCGCUCUCACUGAUUCAUUUUAGGGCCAAGGAAAAUAUGCCAAAGGUGGGUUAUUGUGUUUCAAAGCAUAUGUCUGGGAAGAAAUAUAUAGCAAAAUAGU